GGAAAUCGGUCCGUGGAUAGUAUUGUACCACCAUAGUGUGUCUUACGUCUUUCAAAAUUAUUUGUGGUUGAUGUGUCUGUUGAACGGCAGCUGUGAACAAACAAACGUUUAACAGAUAUGGCCAUUCUGAGAAGGUGCUGUUGCUGUUUCACUCUACGAAGGGGGACAGUUACACUUGGUGUCAUGGGAUUUACUGGGGCCAUCACAGCCAUCAUUUUUCUGAUUUUAGCAUUGAUCUUUGUUGAUGAAAUAGCAACUUUUGUCAUAAAGUUUAUGGAAAAGAUCAUUGAUUUUCCCAGGGCUACCGGAACCAGACAUCUCCCUAAAGAAGAUCAAGAUAAAAAAAAAGAAGAACUUCAUGAAUUCUUAGUCCAUGCAUAUAGCACCUAUGUGUUUGUACUUGCCAUCCUGGGAGAAAUUCUUGGUGGAAUAUUGGCCGGACUGUUAGUUUGGGGAGCCGUGAAAAAACGCCGCAACUUUCUCCUACCGUGGCUUAUUUUUGCUGUAAUGGUCAUGGUAGGCACUGUCGUCUGUAUUAUCACCUGUGUCGUCAUUCUUCCAGUGUCCUAUGGCAUUACCUUUUUAAUCAUCGGCGUGCUUGAACUACUGGUUAUGAUCUACUUCUGGUUAGUUGUGUUCAGCUUUUUCCAAGAAUUGCGAGAAAGAGAUCAGAUGAACAUUAAUUCUCCCGCUGAAAUGAAACGUCUCACUUCGCAUAUGUAAUCCGCCCUCAUACGCAAAUCGCCUUCCAAACGCCUGAAUCAUGAUUUUUCCCACUUAAGUGGCAAUCCUAAUUUAAUAAUAAUGCCAAGUAAAGCAUAAAAUGUUAUACAAACCCGGUUAUGUAUAGCAAUACGCCAUAUAGCUCUCCUUGUUAAACAGUGCCUUAAUCUGCGUAGUCUAGUCUUGAAUCUCCGUAACUCUUGGUGGAGGUAAAUAUUUUAUAGGAUAUUUAAUAUUGCAAAUCAAAUAACGUUUCUUAAAUUAAGUAUUCUCUAUUAAAUCUCAAUUGUGCAGCUUAACACUGAUGGCGCUUUUUGAAUUUCAUAAUGAUCUGGAUAAUACAUUUUUCACAUACUA